CUUGUGGUUUCACCUUCGCAAGGUAGUAGUGUCUUGGCGCAGGCGACAUCAUGAGCCACCGCUUGUCUCAAGCGGCGCGGCAUACACAAGAGUUGCUGGAAGACCUAGAGCGGGACAAGGAAUUAGAUGUCAUCCGCAUUUUCCUCGCCCGAUUUGAUUUGUUUCCACGACAACGGGACCCCAAGUCGGCUCCCAUUCGCAGCGAAGAGUUGCGGGACCUGGUCAAGUAUUGGAAGUUGCAUCGACAGCGCAACUUUUGGAAAAAUCACACGACGAAAGAAGAUCUCGUGCGCAUGUUGUACAAGCACAUCACGGUCAAAGUGCUGCCAAAUGAAAAGUCGCCGCUCAUUCCAGAAACCACGACGCCACCGACAACGAUGGUCCCCAUUGCCCCGCAAUCCCCCGCCCGUCCGCCGAGUGGUGGCAUGGCCAUGGACAGUCCGUCGAAAAUUCGUCGCACGUCGCGCCUGACAAACGGGACGACUGAGGGGUACAGUGGGGGGGUGAUGUCCAAGGGCAGUCCGGCCAAAAUGAACGCGUUGGGCGCGUACGGCGGCGACCUGUUUGCCCAGCGCGGCGACUACGACUGCGGCAUGAUCUAUGUCUCCCGUCUUGCGCCCCCGGAAACCGACCUGGCGCUGCAAAGCCUCGUGCUGGUUGCUGGCGAGGAGUCAGCAUUGAAGGACUCGGUGUUUUCUCCGCAGCUGAAUCUACUCGACGAAGACUCGACGCGGCGCGAAAAGCGACUCAUGACCGAGUGCGCGUGCAGUUUGUAUCAGUUGACGCUCGAGCCAGGCCACGAAGCCGACAUCGUGCGUGAGGGCUGCAUUCCCGCGAUCGUGCGCAUGUGCACGUUUGACGAUUUGGAUGUCAAGAAGUAUUGCUCCGCCACGAUCGUGAAUGUGUCUGUGGACGCAUCGCUCACGGCGCGGAUGAUCGACGAGGGGGUACUCGGGGGGCUCAUGGAGCUGGCCAAAGUACAACAGGAAGACAUUCGACGUAAUGCUGCCAUUGGCAUUUGCCGCAUUUCGUACGACCGACAAGGCCAGCACAAACUGAUUCAAGAAGGAAGCGUGCCGGCGUUGAUUUCGAUGCUCAACAACACGGAUCUUGAAACCAAGGAGGCGUGCGUCAAGACCCUUGUAAACAUCGCGUCGUUUUCUGGGUCGGUCGUGUCCGAGUCCGUGACGCACACGGUGACUCGCAUCGCCGCCAAGAAGGACACUGCGUAUGACCGGUUCAUCGUGGAAACCAUUUGUGACAUGUCGCUCUUGACUGGCCCUCGUGCCAAGGCGGCGGACGACGGGAUUCUGCUGCCGAUUUUCGACAUCAACCGAAACAGCUCGAACGUCGACUUGAAGCGGAUGAUGGCGAUUGCAUUGAGCAACUUUUCGGGCAUCGAAACCAACCACCAGCACAUGGUCAAUGGGAGAAUUCUGCACGCGCUGGACAGUCUCUUGGGAGUUGACGACGACGAGAUCAAAGUCAUGGCGGCCACGGCCGUGGCCAACAUUGCAUGCACCCUCGAAUUCAUUCCGAAACUCAUGGCAAGUCAUGCCGAGCCCUUCAAUCUUCCGUUGCGACUCAUCCAGUCGGGGUAUAAUGCCACGGACGUCCUCCAAGAGAAUAUUUCGGCCGCGUUGCUCAGCGUUGGCCUAAGCCACCAAGCCCACCGACUGCAUUUGACCCAGAACGGCGUCGUGUUGCUCUUGAUCCACUUUUUAGAAACCAGCAACGCCACCACAAAGCGCCACGCAGUCGUGCUGUUGUGUGCCCUCAUGGCCGACGACCUGUCCCGCGCCCAGCUGGUACAGCAUGAUGUCCUCAAGGUGGUCGUCGCCCUAGCAAACAACCCCACAACCCGCGAAUUGUGCAGCGUAGCCCUCUUCAACUUGUCGUGCUUUGCAGACAUGAGUCCGUACCUGUUGGCGCCGCAGACCAUGGACGCCCUCGCCCUGCUCCUCUCACCCCCUCCUGCCCCCAGCACCUCUAAGUCGGCGGACGCCGCCGACGUCACCCUGUCCAUCACCCAGGAAUUCUGCCUCAAUUGCCUCUACAACUUGUCCUUCUACGACGGUAGCGCGGAGGUUCUCAUUUCCUCCCAUUCUGUUGCCACGCUUGGUGCCAUUUUUCGCAAACCGUCCAAGAACGCAGACGCAAACUUGCGCGCCGCCACCGCGCUGUGCAACAUGUCGUUCUGUCCCGACGCCGCGCACAUCACGAUCAUGUUGGACGACGACGCGCUCAAGCUGCUCAGGCGCCUGGCAACCAACGCCACGACCAAGGAGCUAGUGCUGUGCAUCGCCACCACGCUGUGCAACUUGGCAAUUCAGGCGCUCCAGACGUCCGGCCCCCUCCUUGUGAACCAACUCAUCGAGUUAUCGCACACACCCCACGCCGAAAUUGCGUUUGUGUGUGCGAUUUCGUUUUCGAAACUCGCAUCCAACUCGAUUCUCCGGGAAAGCCUCGCCAAAGUGAUGGACUUGCCGCCCACGCUGACAGUCAUGAUGCGGUCCGGGAUCGAAGACGUCCAGAUCCACUGCGCCGCCGCGCUUUGCGGUCUGGCCUGCGAACGCGGACAAAAAGGCAACCGCCACAUGUGGAAAGAAGGCACGAUCACUGACUUCAUCGUGAACUCUCUCCUCCGGAUCAACAGUGACUCGACCAAGGAGGUAUGCGCCCGCGUGCUGUUCAACGUGUUGACCCACGAAGACUGCCGCGGGCACAUGAUCAAGGACGGUGUCCUCUACGCCCUCGUCAAGCUCGCGCGUCUCGACAGCGUCGAAAUUCGAUCGCUGUGCGUCACAGCGCUGUACAACUUGAGCUGCGACGACGCGAUGGUGUCGGUGCUCAUGGACAUCAAUGUCGCACAUGUGAUCGCCAAGAUGUGCGAGGGCGAGUUCAAUCAAGUGGAAAACCGCCGUCGGCUGGCGGCGUGCCUCACCAACAUCGCGCUGCAGCCGGGCCACGAGCUCAAACUCAUGGAGAACGGCGGGCUCACGGCGGUUCUCCUGCUGUGCGACCACGGCGACGUCGAGUGCAUGCGAUACAGUGCGUCCGUGCUGUGCUCCCUCGCGACGCAACCCGCCAACUGCGACGCUAUGGCGGGCAUCCCAGCCCUCGAGCUGCUGCUCAAGAUGACCAACUCCCGCGACAGCUACCAGUGCCUCUUUGCCCUCCACGCCCUGUGCAACAUUUCGUGCGUGCCAGCAUUGCACGACAAGAUUGAGGAGGCCGAAGCCAUCUGCUCCAUCAUCCGGGUCCUCGGAGAAGCGGAAGAGGAAGACAUCAUGCUCACAUGCUCCAAGAUUCUGUGUAACCUCGCGUUUCAUGCAAAGCACCAUGCGACGAUCCUCAAACACAAUUAUGUGCCGGUGCUGCUCCAAGGGCUCAAGAAAACCAAGUUCCAGUCCGUCGCAGAUGUCAACGCGCGCAUCCUGGCCACAUUGAGCGAAGACGCCGCCGUGGUCGAACUCCUCGUCGCCGGCGGGGCGGUCGAGGCGCUCCACAUUGCGUCUCGGGAAGGCGACAAGGCUACGACCGUCGUGCAAUGCGUGAUCUCCCUCGUUCGGCUCUCCAGGGGAACUCUGGGCGGGUGCAAAGUCAUCCAAGACGGGCUCUUCGACAUCCUCCAAGCUGCGAUUCCCCUGCCGUACGACCCCAAGAUGCACCCCAAGCUUGGCGCCGACCUGACCGAGCGCUGCUCGAUGAUCCUGCGGACACUGUCGACCUUCCCCGUGUGCAUCCCGGACCUGGUGGAGGACCCCCGCCUCAUGCCGCUUGCGAUCGCACUCACAGAAGACGGGGACAAGGACACGACCAAGAACAUCAUAAUGCUGCUGCACAACAUCACCGCCGCACGAAGCCGCGAGUUCCAGCGCCAGGUGCGGCGAUCGGGGGUCAUCCCCCUGCUCAUCAAGCUGGCCAGGGUGUGCACGACGGACGAGCUACAGAUCUGCGCCGUGUCCCUUGCGCACAUCAACAGCGAGCUGUCCGAGGCGGACCGCCUCGCACUGGAGGAGUACCACAAGGGCCUUGUGCACACGAUGAUCUCGAUGCUCGACAUGGACCCCCCCACGAUGCUACGCGCAGAAAAAGUGGCGUCUGCGAUGCCGGCGCCGCUGGCCAUCGGGCGGUUCCGCACGGAUUUUCUCGUCGGAUCGAAUGCGUCGCGAGUGCUCACGCAGAUCCCCGUGUCAUGGCAAAUCCAAAGCGCCCACAUAGACGAAGCGACGCUCGUUCCAAACGCCCCGUCGCACUACUUGGCGCCGCUGCCUCAGAAACAUACGUCGUUCCACCUGGCGGUGAAGGAGGACCUGUUCGGCACGUUCCAGAUAUUACAAGUGGGUGCCGACAAGAGUCGCAUGAAGCUGCCGCUUCCCCGUACACUCAUGAGCAUGGACACAAUCUUAAACAUCGUCGACACAGUCGCGGAAGAGGUUGUCCCUGGCACGAUGCCCACCGAUGCGAUGCACGAAACCGACGAGCUCGACGAUGAACUCUGUGUGCCCCCAAAAUCGCCCGCGGCCCCUUCGAGAACCCCCAACACCCCUGGGGGGCGACAUCAUCACCAUGGCCUGAGUAAUUCUCCCCAUAGUGGAGGGGACGAUGACGACGACUCGGGCGUCCGAAAACCGUCCAAAGCUAGUCACAAGCACCCGUUGAAUGGCGGUCGCAGCAGCGUCAAAGGAGGACAUGGGUUGAAGGCGUCGUCACGCAAAAUUUCGCUCGCCAAAACCGGGUCAGUGAAGCACCUUCGAGCGGGGGAAAGCAAGACCAACGUCAUCCACGAACACGACAGUGUGCUGCCCAAAAUUUAAUACUUCACCCUAGUACAUUCGUACACGUUUGGGCGUUGUGUGUACGCUGGUUGUGAUGAGCGUCUUUCGACUAACAAUUAUUCGUGCGUCCUCGAAAGUGUCCAAAUACAGUGGCAACGACUGGUUGUAGACUGAUCCAAGCUCAAAUCAACCUACGACAUGCCAUACCUCGUCACCA